GAGUUAGGGUGUGAGAUUGCUGGAGAUGAUCGAGAACCAGGAGAGCAUUUACAAGCUCAUCCCACCUAUCGUGCCAGUGCGCCAGAGGCCACCCAUCCCUAAAGCAAACUAUGACGAGGAUACGGAUAAUUUCUUGACGCACCGCGAUGAGAUUAGACCAGCGGCAACUUUCGGUCGACCGCUGGGAUCUCGCAAGCCUCACACGGAGAGGUUUCUCAAGAAGCAUUCCAGCCAACACUAUAAGAAAAAACCCAAAGUAGCCUGCUGCUACAAGUCGAAGGAAAGGCCGCCCAUUCCACAUGAAAAACCGGUUUGAUUCCAUGUCUCACCAUAACUCAAAAUGGGAUUGAACAGUGGGAAGAAUUACGUGCAUGACAACGCUGUGGAGAUGAUUCAUUCUAGUAAGUUCGCCAACUAGCAGCAAGUUUUACAAGUCCAUGCUUCUAGCACCCAAGAAACUGCCCAAACCGGUGAAGUUCUACGUUGACAAGUCGGACUAUGGCAAAGUUCCGGAGUAUCUCGUCAAGUUCAAUAACGCGAGUGCGGAACUGCGCGAGAAAAUGCAAGCUGCUAUCCGGCUGGAGCAACUUGGUGGCCUGCAUCCAAACUCCCGCAAGCUGGACGAGGCGGAGAAGCGCGAGCUGAUCAUACUGCUCAAAGAGAAGUGGCAACAGGUGAACGAGGAAUACCAGAAGUUACCGUUCUCGCUGGACACUCCGGCCAAGAAGAAACGCAAGGAGAGGUGCCUAUCAUCACCACCCAGCUAUGAUCCUAGUUUACUUGACCAUUUACUAUGGAUCUGUUGGAUCAGGUACGAGGAGCAUUUGGGCCAGAUUGAGAAGGAUAUACAGACCUUGUCACGGAGGGUGGUGAUCGUUGUUGACAAGGGGAAAUCCCAAUCCUCGGGAAGCUCUGGCAGGCGGCGCUAAACAAGCUGUCUGAUACGAAGAUGGCAAACACCUCGCCAUGAUCGUGAAACUCGUUAAAUAACCAUAAGAUAUAUACAUAAGAAUCAUAUGGUAUACAAACGAAA